AUGGAAAGUUUUGCACUUCCUGCUUUAAGUGAAAUGGGGCAAGGCCGCCACCAGAGGGCAGCAGGCAUGGGUUUCCCCAGCGCAGACGCCAGCCCAUCCCCAGUGCUGCCAGCAGCCCCUGCACCUUCCACCAGCUCUUCCUGGUGCGCUCUCCUCUGGUUCCCUUUGCAACCCACCCGGGCCUCACUGCGCUGCCAGCGCCACUCGGUUAGCUCGGCUGCGUCUGUGACUGCUGGAGCGGCUCUCACCCCAGACCAGCAUCCAGUGACCAGAGCGCUUUGCCCGCCAGGCCUCCAGGCCGGCCUCUGA